GCGCGCAGCCUUUGCGCACGCGCACAAACGCACGGCCGCGCAGCGUCUAUCUUGCUGGAAGCUUUUUCCGAGAGGUUGAGCGGUUUGCAUAAUGUCGGAAAUGGCCGAGUUGUCCGAGCUAUAUGAAGAGAGCAGUGACCUGCAAAUGGAUGUGAUGCCUGGCGAGGGUGACCUACCGCAGAUGGAGGUAGGCAGCGGGAGCCGGGAGCUAUCCCUGCGUCCCUCCCGCAACGGGGCCCCGCCACUGCUCGAGGAGGAAGGCCCAAUGGAGGAGGAGGAGGCCCAGCCAAUGGCGGCGCCAGAGGGGAAACGGAGCCUUGCUAACGGGCCCAAUGCUGGGGAGCAGCCAGGCCAGGUGGCGGGCGCAGACUUCGAGAGCGAGGACGAGGGCGAGGAAUUUGAUGACUGGGAGGACGACUACGACUAUCCCGAAGAGGAGCAGCUUAGUGGUGCCGGCUACAGAGUAUCAGCCGCUCUUGAAGAAGCCGACAAGAUGUUUCUGAGAACAAGAGAAGCAGCCCUGGAUGGCGGGUUUCAGAUGCAUUAUGAGAAGACCCCGUUUGAUCAGUUAGCUUUCAUCGAAGAGCUUUUUUCACUGAUGGUUGUCAAUCGUCUGACCGAAGAACUCGGCUGUGAUGAGAUUAUUGAUAGAGAGUAGUUACAUGCUGUUAAAAGAGGAGGAAACUACUUGAGGAGGGACCCAACUUUCCGCUAUCUUUUGGGUUCAUUCCAAAUAGUUUUGUGCCAUUGAAAAACUUGACCUUCAAAAAAAUUUGUUUUUCAGAAUAGAAGACAAUAGGACAGUGACUGCACAGUUGUGAAAAAGGAGGAGAAUCAUUAAAGACAAAGAAAAAGAUUUUAAGACCGUUGAAAUCUGUUAUCAAGAAUGUCCUAAAACACCUAUGGCUUUGACUUUGUUAUUGAUCCAGAUUAUUUUCCUUGCAUUGGGGAAAAUAUCUUUCAUAUUUGUUUGCUGUAAAGAUGGUUUUGCAAGAAUAAGUCAUGACCAAGACAAACUGCCAAUACAAGAGCCCACUGAUAUUAAUUAUAUAAUGAGAAAAAAUGUAUCCAACUAGGACACAUAUCUUUUGAGUUAUUUGGACUGAAAGUUUAAGAAAACUUGGGAAAUUCUAUUUUGUGAUCUAGUCAAGCCAUAGUUAUCAAAGGCUAAAUUUUCAGUGUAAGAUAAAUGGAGUAUUCUUCAUUAUUCCAAAAGGAUGAGUAAACUCAAAGAUGUAUCACGUGUGCACUGUAUCUUAAGAUGUGUUUCCAAGAGCGUCUGAAAUUUUGUUUGUACAUGUAUCUUGAUCAUUUAUAAAGCCACUGUGAUCUAUAAAUCAAGAAAAUUCAUUGUCAUAACCAUUUUUAAAAGUCAAAAAUUGAGACAUCUUUAAUUAAAAACUUUGAAAUCUAGACACUAAAUGUGUGUGAAUGUACAAAGAAACCAUUGCUCACGCUGUUAUAUACUGGAGAAAUUUUGUUUUGCUUGCUGUUUUAACUUGACAGGUGAAAUACUUUAGUUGAACUUCAUAUUGUAAGAACUGUUAAUAAAAAGUUGUCAAGUAAAAAGCCCUAUAUCUAAAAAGACUUUAUGAACAGUUAUUCUAUCAACUUUUAAAGGUUUUAAACCUACCCAGAAAUUACUUUGGUAUCUGAAGUUUCCCUCUGUCUCCUCCUCUAAUUAAGCUUGUUAUUUGUUAUGCACCAGCAUUGGAGAUAAUAAAAUUUCUUGUUCUGUGUA